AUGUCCUACAAACACAGAGGCCUUCCCCAUGGAAAGGAUUUGAUGUACAAAAGCUUGAGGCAGUACCUAGAAACGAUCAUAGAAGUUUAUGCUUCAAAUGCCAAGAAGCUAGCUUCCCUUGGGUCGAACCAGGCAAAUGAAGCAGUCAACAACGCUAUAGAAAGCAAAGCUCCAAAGAUCAGACACAACGGAUCUAGUGAAAGCAAUGACUUCCGUGUUGCAUGUGCUGUUGGCCAAAAGAACUUAGGCCAUUCUUAUGUUUCUCAGAAGAAAAGAAUUGCAAAGAAAGUGAAGCGGUUGAAAAAGACAAAACAGCUUGAGAACAGAGAAGGACAACAGUAUAGUUUUGGAAUGGUCUUUGAUGGACACAAUGCUGCUCAGGAAAUUCCAGCAUCACCUGCAGCCUCAAAGAUUGAGAGAGUAUCAUUAACCAAAGACUACCAUCAAAUCAUGUUUGAUUGGGAAACAUCUGGAAGGGUAAUAAUUGGAUUACAAUAUCUUAAAACAGGUAAUGAUGCUGAAAUCCUACAAAUUGCAGCAACAGAUGGUAAAGAUGAGUUCUCUAUUUAUAUCAAGCCAUCUAAUGUAAUAUCACCAGAAGCAUCUACUGUGAACAAACUCACCUUUCAAAGAGGAAUACUGUUUUAUGAUGGGAAGCCAAUCACUGAUGCUGUUGCAAUUGAUGUGGCCCUGAAGACCUUCAUUGAGUGGCUCAAAUCAAGAAUGCCUUGCAUUUUAGUCGCACACAAUUGCAAAUCCUUUGAUGCCAGGUUCUUGGUGCAAGAAGCAGAGAAAAAUGGAGUCAUGGAUGACUUAGUUAAAACAGUUUCUGGCUUUACAGACUCUCUUUCAGCAUUCAGGGAACUGCUUCCUGAAAGGAAAUUCCAUAGCCAAGAAAACUUAGUACAAGAUCUUCUGUCUAAAUCCUAUGAAGCUCACAAUGCUCUUGCAGAUGUGCAAACACUUUACCAGCUAGUGAACAAGUUUCUAAAUGUCAAACUGCUACAUAAGCACAGCUUCAAAGUUUCAUGGGCGGCAUCCUAUCAGAAGCUCCUAAAAGAAAAGAAACUUCUGGUUAAUACCCUACAGCCAUUAGUUAGAGAGAAGUACAUUUCAGCCUCAAUGGCCAUUAAAUGUACAAGCUCAGGUUUGGGUCUCCCUCACCUGCAAGUGGUAUACCAAAGAGGCAAGGAAGAAGGGGUGAAGCAAGUUCUGAUGGAGAGGUUUGACAACAAACCCAGAGUCUCCUCAAACAAGCGGGUGCUGGCGCAAAUGUGUCGGUACUUUAUAGAUAAUACAAAUUAAGAUUGUGAUUUGUGCAAUUAAUGUUUUGAAAUAAUUUUUGCAUGGAAAAUGUAGUGGUCAGAAUGAGGAUC